CCAGCCUAAAGAAUUCAAGACAAUAGAGGGUGGAAUGGGAAAGGUUCCGAAGACACUCAUGGAGAAAUUCUUGAAGGCGAGCGCAAGCCAUGAGCUCCACCUGAACCACCAGCUGACGAGGAUGGAGAGGGGACAGGCUGGAGGCUACAACAUCAGGUUCAGAAAGACCCUGACAGUCGAUGGUGUUACAACCCCCGUUACGACGGAAGACGUGGUGAUGUGUGCGAGGAAGGUUGUGUUAGCUGCUCAGAAGGAAGCUAUACAACAGAUCGACUUCCCCGAGUUCAAGAACAAUCCCGAGAUCAGAAGAACCAUAGACUCUGUGGAAGGAUUCCCAGCUGGUAGAAUCUACCUCGCCUACAACACCAAGUGGUGGAAGACUGGCAAUCCUGACAUCACCCACACCAAGAGUGACCUUCCCAAUAGACAAACAUAUGACUGGUCCACGGGCACCAACAACGUCUCCAUCAUCAUGGCCUCCUACCACGACGGGGACUUUGCCCACUACUGGCGAGAACUGAGUCAGUUCGGGACACCCAUCCCGGGAAGUCUCCCUGGAGUGAAUGCCGUUACCGACGUCGUCAAGAAUAGAGUUGAGAAGUACCUUAGCGUCAUCUACAACGUCAGCCAGUCCGACAUCCCCGAAACUGUUGGAGGGGCCAUGAUGUUGUGGGACAGGUAUCCCUUCCCUACAGCAUGGAGCUACUUCAAGGCCGGGUUUGACGAGAGAAAGGUCCGUGAUAUGAUCUACAAGCCGUCCCCGUCUGACCACGUGUACAUCGUCAGCAACUCCUGGUCAACGGAUGAUCUGCAGGCAUGGUCAGAAGGGUCCCUGAGGGCAGUUGAUGCUGUGAUACAAAAAUACUUUAGUGGGCAGGCAUGAUAGACCCGUGAUCUUCCUCUGUGCUAUGAAUGUGGUUGUAACGUAUGUGGUUAACCAUUUAAAAAAAGGUAUUUCAAGAUUCGAUACCAUUGUGUAUUUA